GUCGUUAUGGCAACAUGUUUGUAGGCUGAAGCCAAAACACCCCCAGCUGCUGAGAGUCCCACUUCAAAUAACAACCCAAACAACACAUUUCAUACAUCUGUAAAUAACCCUGCUGUCACAGCAUUCAUGGCCAACUACAGAGCCUCUGAUUCCAAGCGAGAGCAGUUCAGAAGAUACCUGGAGAAAUCUGGGGUCCUUGACACUUUAACGAGCGUUUUGGUGGCACUUUAUGAAGAACCAGACAAACCUAACAAUGCACUCGACUUCAUCAAGCUCCACAUGGGGGCGGGCGGGCCGGAGCCGGCCGACGCCGAUGCGCUCCGCAUGGAGCUGACGGACCUGCAGCAGAAGUGCAACCUGCUGAUGGAGGAGAACAAGGAGCUGAGGACCAGGCUGAUGCAACACGAGGCGCCGCCAGACGAAGAACCCGGAGAGUAGAGGGAUCACGGAGUCGUCUUUUGUGAUAAAUGAAGGAAAAAUGAGGAAGAAAAGGAACAAGCACUGGCCUUUUUUUGUAUUUAAUAUAACUCUUUAUUUUGGUUUAAUGAAUGUACAGUGAAUACAGAAUCACUGUUAAUUUUUGUUAUAAAACAAGCAACUUGUGCUUAUAAAUAAAGGGUUUUUUUC